AUGUUGAAUAAAGAGCAGGCCAUAUUGAAUGAAGGAAUUGGUUUGAUACUCUCUGGGUGGGAUACAAUGCAACUCGCUGUCGAAUACGGUUUCGGGGUCCGACAUUCCCACGCAAAAGCCGAGCUGAAAGGUCUUCUUGAUGAGCUUCAUACUCUGGUUGAGUAUGAUGAUGAUAAAAUUGAAGAGGUUCCAAAUGGUAGUAGUGAUGAUGAAGAUAAGGAUACAUGGAUGGACAAUGAUGAAACAAUAGACAUGAUGAUGGAUGCAACUGAUCACUGCUCAAACCGGAAACCAGAAGCAAUGCCGGUUGAUGAACAAAUGGCAGAUGAUGGGUGGACGCUAGUUCCAUGUAGAAAACACAAGGGCAAUAGGAAUUAA